AUGCUCGCGGAUGCCACGCCAACAACGUCAACAGCACCUUCGAGCCUGUACAGCAGCACCAGCAGCAGCAGCGCCAUAACCGCCGUAGCAUCAGGCUCCGUCUCCACCGCGAUUCUCUCCGGCUCGUCAUCAGCGACGGCUACCUUCACUACUACCUCAGCAGGCGCUACUGAUGAAGACGAUGACGGUUCUGGCGACGAUGACCCUGCCGACGAUGACUCUCAAGGCGAUGACGACAAGGAGGACGACGAUGACGACAAGGAGGAUGACGAUGACAAGGAGCAGGACGACGAUAGCGACAACGGGGAGGAGGACGACGACGACGAAGAGGGGGACGAUGGCGACGAGUUGGACGACGACCAAAAGGAGGACGACGGCGAGGAGGAGAGCGAUGCCGACCAGGAGGAAGACGACGACGAGGAGCAGGAGGAGCACGGCGUUUCGGACGGCAGUUUCUCCUCGAUCCAAGUCUUGAGACCGUCCGAUGGGGAGGUGCUGAUUUCCGAAAGCAGUUACGAGGUAACCUGGGCCGUUGACGGCGAGGAGGGGAGCAGCAGCCCCGACGUUUUUCACGUUGACCUCCAUGACUGCGGAGACAACCAGGCGUGCGGCAGCGGUAGCGGCAGCGGCGACGGCGGCUGUGUUGGCGAGGGCCUGGUCCAGGCGCUUUGCCCCGAGGAAGGGUGCUACUCCGACGGCGGCGGCGGCGGCGGCGUCACGUGGGUCACCUUGCCAAAGGUCGAUGAUGGGCUUGGACCAUACUUCAAGAUUGCGGUAUCUCCGGACGACGGAAGCAACGAUCCUGGGUGCAGCGGGUCGUUCACGAUAGAAGCAGCAGCAGGAGAAGAAGAGACGCAGGAAAGUACCGGCGAAGGCGACGACGAUGAGGCAGAAAGCCUCGAUGACGACGACGUGGAACCUGAACCGGAAGAUGAAGAUGGCGAUGAAGAUGACUGGUGCGACACCUUGGGUACCAUCCCAUACCCACUGGAGGGAAACUUGACGGUGGCGCUGCCCAUCGACGUGACGCAGGUGUCAUGCCCCUCGCCCUUGACGGUCCGCGUGGCCGGGGGCACGCUGACUGUAGCCGUGGACAGCGAGUGGGCCGUCCGCCGGCCUCUUGACGAGUGCAGGCGAGCCGACAACUUUGCUUGA